UGUCUAAAUGUCACUUCCGUCAAAAAUACAACAAAUGAAAGAGCUAGCAUGCUGUGUGUGCUGCGCUAAAUCCGGCAUUUUAAUGCUUUAAUUCUGUUUAAAUCAACCUCAGAUUCACCUGGGACCCGGAAACACUCAGGUACUACAUGGUGGCAGGUUCAGCACUCAUGGAGCCGUCCACCAAGCCUGGGAACAACCAGGUGGCUGAUGUGGUCUUUGUCAUCGAAGGGACGGCGAACCUCGGACCCUACUUUGAGUCUCUGAGGAAAAACUACAUCCUUCCUGCUAUCGAAUACUUCAAUGGAGGGCCGCCAGCAGAGACAGACUUUGGAGGAGAUUAUGGAGGAACACAGUACGGUCUUGUCGUGUUCAACACAGUGGACUGUGCUCCCGAGUCGUACGUCCAGUGUCACGCACCCACAAGUUCUGCGUUUGAGUUUGUCUCGUGGAUCGACAGCAUUCAGUUCAUGGGAGGAGGAGCAGAGAGCUGCAGUCUCAUAGCAGAAGGACUCUCUGUGGCCCUGCAGCUCUUUGAUGACUUUAAGAAGAUGAGGGAGCAAAUAGGUCAAACCCACAAAGUGUGUGUGCUGCUGUGUAACUCUCCUCCUUACCUACUUCCUGCUGUGGAGAGCGUCAGCUACACCGGCUGCACAGCAGACAACCUGGUCAAAAUCAUCCGAGAUAGGGGAAUCAACUUCUCUGUGGUGGCUCCACGUAAACUGCCAGCUCUGCGGUCUCUGUUUGAACGGGCGUCUCCAGUAGGCGGUGCAGUUGAACCCCAUCCAGACUACAGUCAGGACCCCUUCCACAUGGUCCUGGUCAGAGGCAUCUCGCUUCCUGUGUCUUCAGGUGGAGGACCUGGGCCGCUCAAACCCGUCCUCCCUCCUCAGCCCAACUGUCAGACUCUGGGUGGAGCUUCCCAGCCCGUUCCACCUAUAAACCCAUCCCACUCCUACCCGAGUCAGACCCCCAUGUCUGCCGCUCAGGCGGCCGCACAGAUGGCAGUGGAGGCCGCCAACAACCAGAAGAGGCCCUUCCCAGGAAUGGUCGGUCAAGGUCCUCAGUUCCCCGGUCAGCCAAACAUCCCAUCAGUCGCCAGCGUGAAGCUCAAUCAGCCGAGCAUAUCCACAGUCACCACGGCCACGCCGCCCAUGAUGCAGCAGCAACAAGUCCCUCCCAAUCAACAGCAGCCUGUCCCGCCUCCAGGGCAGCCGGUGCCCAAUCAGCAGCAGGCGCCGCCUCAGCAGCAGCAAGUGCUCGCAAAUCAGGCCGCCGCCGCCGCUGCUGCCGCCGCCGCCUCAGCCCAGCCCAACAUGGCUGGUGUGUCCGGAGCUCAAGGCAACGCGAAUGCCAUUGGACAGCCGCAAGGUGUGGCCAAUAAGAUUGUAGCGUGGACGGGCGUUCUGGAAUGGCAAGAGAAGCCUAAAGCCUCUUCCAUGGAUUCGGCCACCAAACUGACGCGCUCCCUGCCGUGUCAGGUGCACGUUAACCAAGGGGAGAAUCUAAACACAGACCAGUGGCCUCAGAAGCUCAUCAUGCAGCUGAUUCCUCAGCAGCUCCUGACGACCUUAGGUCACCUCUUCAGAAACUCUCGAAUGGUUCAGUUUCUCUUCACCCACAAAGACAUGGAGUCGUUGAAAGGCCUGUACCGCAUUAUGGCCAACGGAUUUGCCGGCUGCGUCCACUUCCCCCACACCACCUCGCCCUGUGAAGUGCGGGUGCUGAUGCUGCUCUACUCCUCCAAGAAGAGAAUAUUCAUGGGCCUCAUCCCCAACGACCAGAGCGGCUUCGUCAACGGCAUCCGGCAGGUCAUCACCAACCACAAGCAGGUCCAGCAGCACAGAGCGCAGUUAGGAGGAGGCGGCGGUCCAAUGCAGCCCGGUCAGGUGGCCCCAAACCAGAACUUCCUCAACAGACCUCCAGGCCCCAUCCAGGUCUCCCACGGCAAUGUCCAGCAGCAGUCUGUGGUGGUGGGCAUGCCCCCUGUUAGUCAGGUGUCUAUGAUGGAGGAGCAGCAGAGGCAGAACAACAUGAUGACGAUGAGAGCAACUGGACCAGCAAACCAACAAGCACCGGUCAGCGGCGCUCCACCCAACCAGGUAUCACAAGGCGGACAGGCGCAGGCUCAGGGUCCCAUUCUCCGCCUCACAAACCCAGGAGCCAAUCCGCAGCUCCGCAGUCUUCUCCUCAGCCAGCAGCAGCCACAGCAGGGCGGCGUGUCUCACAUGCCAGGCAUGAUGUCUCACCAGGGUUUGGGGCAGCAGUUGGUCCACCAGGCGCCAGGAGGGGGGGCUCAAAUGCAGGGCCAGUGGAGGCAGCCGUUGGCAGCUCAGAUCCUGAUGUCAGGAGGUCAGAGAGGAGCCGUCCCUCAGCCCGGGAUGCCUCAGGUCUCCAGUGUCAUGGAGGAUGAGAUCCUCAUGGACCUAAUCUGAGCUAGCGUGCUGGACUCUGCUGGAGCAGGCUCUUGUUUUUUUUUGUUUAGUUGAAUCUUGGCAGCCCUUUUUUUUGUAGCCAGUUUGGACACAUGCAUCCGCUCAGUUGCUUUAUUGCUACAAAUGUUCAACAUAAUUAAGGAACAAAUCAUGAGUAGUUUUUUUCCCCCUUUCUUUUCACGGGACUGAGCAGCGGAAGUCAAUUAGGGGCAGACAAUGCGAGCAUUAGUUUUUCAUGUAAAUGGUUGAACCGACAGCACGCUAAUCCUCCACAGUGAAGAAGCCAAACCAGUGGAAACAGACAAUUAUGUUCAGCUUCUGCAAACACCACUUUUCUAUACAUUGUAUCAUUGACUUCUGAAAUAAUGUUUUAUUUUCUUUUUAAAUCUUUUUUUUUCUCUGUUUGAUUUCUUUUUCUAAUCAUGCUGAAGUCGUUUUAUGAGGAUGAAAUAAAGAAGCAUAGAUUUAUCGUC